GUGUGUGUGUAUGUGUAUGCAUAUAAGUCAAAAGAUAUGCUGCACAAGAGGAGUGAGUGCUUCUGCUAGCAAUAGCCUACCUUGUAUCCCCUUUUACUUAAAUUGUCAAUUCUUUCCAAGAUCCUUUCUAUACCUUCACAAUACCAUAGCCAUGGAAACUUCUCAGUCUCUUUCUAUUGAAAGCUUCUCAUACAGUUGGUUAGUAAACCUGAGGCCAUCAUCACUAGAAAGCCUUGAAAGCUCUCUUAGGACUUCCCUUGAUGCAUCUGAUGAAGCUUCUUUCAUUGAGAUGGACCCAAGAAAGCCACCCUCCAAAAGAUUCUUUAAGAACUCACAGGACUCCAAAUUUGACUUCCCAAUUUCACAGUCCCCUCUUACUCUUGUCCAUGCAGAUGAACUUUUUUCCAAUGGCUACCUCAUGCCCCUUUUUGUUGAAUCACUGCAAUUGGAAGAAUAUGAGUUCUCUGAUUCCAACACAAGCUCGGUUUCAUCUUCACAUGCACCAAAGAGUGAGGCUCCUACAUGCCCUUCUAGAUGCCUUUCCUUAAAAGGGUGCAGAACAUUAUCAAAGAGUGUCUUUCAGAAGUAUCUGAACUUCUUAAGGCCUCUGUGUAGAAGACUGAGGGGUCACAAAUCAAGUACUGAAACUGCUGCUAAAAGAGGUGUGUCUGUGAAGAAUAGGAGAUACUAUUCAGACACAUCCCCUCGAAUUAGUGUAGCCCUUUCUGCUGAUGAUUGGCGAUACUCUUGUGAUUCUGAAAGCUCAAUAUAUGAGGCCGUUCUUCAUUGCAAAAGAUCCAUUGGUAAUGAGAGAACUGGUUAAGGGAGCUGCAAAAGGGAAAGGAGAAGAUGAAGAUCAAAGAAAAGGGAUUAAACUUAAUCCACUGUCACUGUCACUGUAAAACUUUUUAUACUAGGAGGAAAAAAAGACGACACUUUAUUGUUGUAGCUAAAAGCUUUGACGCUUCUUGUGGAUGUCUUAACCAUAUUUCACUAAUAUUACAUGCCAGUGGGUUCAAAUCAUUUUUAAAAAAAUAGGGAUAAGAAAGAAUAACAGUCACAUGUCAACUGAAUAUGCAUGAAGCCAAAUUAUCAUCAGCCACUCAUCCUGUCACUAUUCUCUCAUCUGCUUAAAUGGCAUAGGAAGUUCACAGGAAAAUUAUUAUAUGUUGUUAGUCAAGCUUUUUGCACGCAAAUUUGUGGAAAAAGAAUAAAGACACUGCUCAAUUUUUCUUUCUAA